GAAUAUCAUGAAGUAGCCUGUGUUUCUAAUCUCUAGCUAUUCAUCUGUUUCAUAAAUUCCGUUUGGUCACAAUAUAAAAACUAAAUUUACUUUUCGCGAAUACUUUCACUAUGCAAAGAACCAAUAACUACAAAAGCUUCAAAAUCUUCUUCAAGAGCGUUCCAUGUCGUUCAUAUCCCGAUUGCAAAAAUGGUAAAGGCAAAGGCAUAAAGGCCAAGUUGGCAAAGAAAAUUCCUAUAGAACGUGAAAAGUUUUUGGGUAUAAAGUGUCUGCACGGCCAGAAAAUAAUUGGCCAGAUCAGUGUUAAUAGCGUAAUUGGAGGAAUGCGAGGACUGCCACUUUUGUUUUGCGAGACAUCGAGCUUGGACAAGAACAAGGGUAUUUAUUACCGUGGAAAACUGCUUAAGGAUGUGUGUGCCAAACUGCCACGGGUGCAAGAGGGCACACAAGAGGGCACUCCCGAGGGAUGUUUCUUCCUGCUGACCACCGGAUUGAUGCCCACGAAGAAGGAGGCGCAGGAAGUGACCAAGGAGUGGCUGAAGCGGGGCUCAGUUCCGCGCUACUGCCUCCGUAUGAUUGACUCCAUGGACAAGCGGGUGCAUCCGAUGGCCCAGUUGUGCGCCGCCAGUGCCUGUCUCAAUCCGCAGAGCCAGUUCGUCGAGGCUUACACCAAAGGGGCGCGGCGUGCAGACUACUGGAAAUACGCCUACGAGGAUUCAAUGAACCUCAUCGCCAUGCUGCCCACCGUGGCGGCUUCCAUCUAUGCUAACGUGUUUAAGGAUGGCGAAGGUUCACGGGAGGUCAACCAUAAGGAGGACUGGUCCGGCAACUUCUGUCGCAUGCUUGGGCUACCCGAAAAGGAUUUCGUUGAUCUUAUGCGGCUCUAUAUGAUCCUGCAUGCAGAUCAUGAGAGCGGCAAUGUUUCCGCCCAUGCUUGCCACCUAGUCGGAACGGCGCUCAGCGAUCCCUUCCUGUCUUUCUCGGCCAGCAUGUGCGGCCUGGCUGGGCCACUUCAUGGUUUGGCCAAUCAGGAAGUGCUGGUUUGGCUGACAAAGCUUAGGAAGGCUAUUGGCGAUGACCCCUCGGAUGAAGAGCUAAAGAAGUUCAUCGACGAUACGUUGAAAGGGGGGCAGGUCAUUCCCGGCUAUGGACACGCCGUCCUUCGAGACACCGAUCCCAGGUUCGUCCUGCAGAACGAGUUUGCCAUGAAGCACUGCAAGGAUGAUCCGGGCGUAAAGCUGGUGACGCGCCUGUGGAAGAUCAUACCAGAGGUGCUUAAGAAGCUCAACAAAGUGGCGAAUCCUUAUCCAAACGUCGAUGCCCAUUCGGGCGUCCUGCUGCAACACUACUGCCUAAAGGAGCUGAAGUUCUACACAGUUCUUUUCGGAGUUUCUCGGGCGCUGGGAGUUCUGUCCCAGCUGAUUUGGUCCAGGGCUUUGGGAGCCCCAAUUGAGAGACCAAAGUCAUUUUCCUCCACCGAGAUCUGCAGAUUCAUCAAUGAAGCGGACAAAAAGGCAGGAAAAAAGAACAAUAAGAAAAAGUGCUAAAGAACUGAGAUAACAGCCGAUGUUUGUAUGUGCAAUAAAAAUUCAAAUAAAAAUUAGAAAAAGAUAUUCCUGCUGUAGUCAUAUUUAAUAUGAAUGCGUUUGACAUGCUGUAAUUGGCUUGAGAUACUCACAUCUGGCAUUUUAUAUCUGAGUAUGAUAUAAGAGA